AUGAGCUUUAUUCCUUUGGCUUCUAAACAGCUGGGGCCGCCCUCGGCGGCUCACGACCAUGAACCCUUUGAGUACAGGAGACAGCGGGCGGGUAAACUAAAGAGUCGCCUUGGAUGCUUGACCUGCAAGGCACGUCGAGUUAAAUGUGACGAGCGCAAGCCCAUCUGCGCCCGCUGCGAGAAGACUCAGAUGGUAUGUAAUGGAUACAUUCAACCAGAGCUUCGUAGCAAGAUAGAACCUACCGGUUCUCCUCUGCAUCCUCUCUUGCCUCGGGCCAGCACUGUCACCAAGCCUUCUCAGCGCCUUCUUAGCCAACUACCCCGUUCCUUUAAUGGUCUUCCUACCGUCUGCGGGAAAAAUGGGUCUUAUUUCGACAUCUUCCGGCACCAUGUUGCUCCAGAUCUUUCCCGGUACUACUACGCGGAUCUGUGGUCUAGUGUUAUCUCCGAAGGCCUGCAAGAUGGAUUUCAUCGUCUGUCUAUAAUCGCUUCCUGGUCUCAUCGGAAUAUAACCAAUCAUCAUCAUCGGGCAUCAAUCUUGCAUCACCUUAGGGCCAUAUCAAGCUUUAGAUCAUCUAUUCAAAACAGGGAUAGUCAUUUCCGACCGAGAAAAGUUUUUAUUAUGACGCUACUGCUUGUUGAGUAUGAGAUUCUUCAAGGAAACCUGAGCGCUGCGGACAGCCUUCUCUCCUAUGGUCUGGGAAUGUUUCGAUAUUCGACCACUCUUUUCCAAGAUAAUGCAAUGACCAUUGCGGAAAUUAUAGACGUCGAGCACAUUCUCCCUUGUGUUGCUGUCAUGGGCAUGUUCACCCACCAGUUAAACUCAUCCUGGACUCAUAUUCUUCAAUUGCGAGCGGAGCCAGAGUUCAAGAUUCCAGAGUUUGGCAUCGAUGAUAUCCCAAAGGUGUAUUCAUGGUGGGGAAGAUUCUACACCCACGCAGUCACAUGCCUAUGUCAGAUAAGCUACGGCAGAAAGUUGUCCAUCUUUGAGGCGGUGGCUCGGCGAGGAAGCUUCUUAUCGUGCCUAAGUCGAUGGAAGUCAACUCUGAACGCUUACCUGGAUAGUUGCGAAACAAGCACAACAGAAAGGCGGGCUCUACGUCUCAUAUUUAUUCACUGGCAAGUCCUCUGGGUAAGUGUUAACUGUUGUCUGGACCCGACAGGUGUGGCCUUUGAUGCAUUCACAGAUGAGUUUAGCGAUAUGCUUUGGCGCUCGGUAAAGUUUAUUAAAGAUGAUAUCUCGACCGAUACGCCUCUAUUAAUGACUUUUGGCGAGGGAAUCUUCAUGCCACUACUCUGUGUGGUAGCUUGCUGUAGGGACCACGACUUGCGUAUGACGGCAGCAGCUGUUGCCUAUGGGCUGCCAUGGCAAGAAGGAACUUGGGAUACUCGAGUAGUCCUGCUUGGACAACUAGGCUCUGUUAUAAUGGAAGAAAAGGGGAGGGAUGAAAGCGGCUUUAUCCCCCCUACAUCUAGAUGGUACUGGCGAGGAGGAGAUAUCCACCCAAAAAGCAGGAGGAUGACAUCUCGCUAUUUGCAACAUGUGCCUGGCGAUCAUGAGAAAACUGUAACAAAGUCAUUGAGUAUAGACCUCGACCGAUGGCCGGACAUUUGCUCUGCGGUGGGAUGCGUGAAAGAUCACGCGGCGAUCAUAAAUAGUUUAGCUUAG